AUGGGCAUGCGUACGGGAGAAGCGGGAGAGCAGAUGCAUUUGUUUUACAUAACCUCUUGCCGCCUUUCGCCAGCUCCGCGACUACUCACCAGGGUUUCGGCCAUGACGGAGUCGCUCUUAUCGCGCUUCGACUCGCUGGCCCUGACGGAGAACGAUCUCGUCGUCAUCGUCGGGCUGGAGUUCUCACGGCAGCACAACUUUGAGCCCGCACGAGUGCUCGACAGCAGUGGCGAACGGCUCAAGGUGCAGCUGCUGCAUGGCAGCCGGAAAGGCCUCUCGAUCCGGCGCGGAAACCUGCUCAAGAUGAGCCGCGCGCAGGACCGCACCGCCCUCCUGACUCGCAUUGUGUGGGAGCGGCAGCUCGAGCUCCGCGUCGCACGGGCCUUCCUGGUUGAAAAGUUCCACGGCGAGGAGGGGCUCGCGCUCGAGGUGGCCAAACACUUUUCGCCGCGCGAGACGCUCGCCCUCACCUCCGGCUACUCGCUCGGGAGGAUGGUGCCAGAGUGGAGCGCCGUCGGCAUCGAGCGAGGCGGGCUCGUCUGGCGGCCUCUCCACGGCCGCGCGCCUGGAGGGCCUCGCGUGCACGGCGCGGACCGGGUCGCAGACGGUAUCGUGCGGAUCGACUGCGCAGUGGUGAGCGUCGGCGCUGGCCGCUUCGUCGUCGCCGGAGGUUGCGACGACCACCCGGGCCGCACGUCGCGCUUCUUCGCGUCGGCGUUCGAGUACGACGCCAUCGCGCGGGCCGCGGCGCCGCUGCCUGCGAUGCCGACGGCGCGGCACGGGUGCGGCGGCGCGCACAUCGAUGGCAAGGUGUACAUCGUGGGAGGGACGUACGUGCAGCCGGACGGCGCGGCAGACGCAGUGGUGCUCGACCUGGGCGCGAGGGGGGGCGGGUGGCAGCCCCUCGAGGAUCUUCCCCCUCGGGCGGGCGGCGGCCCUUCCUCGGGCGGCCAACUCGAGGAACCUUCCAGGAACCUUCUAGGAGCCUUCUCCUAG